AAGCUCGGGCUCCAACACCUCCUGCGGUAUCCUGGCAGUAGCCUAUCGCAGCCGGCUGAAGGGCAUCUAAUGAUGGACCGGAGGAGGAGGCAAUGAGCAGAGCGCCGGUGCCUCGGACAGACCAGGGAAUCUCACUUCCGACAGCCACCAGUCUGAGAUCAGAUCUACGCGCGAAGUGAGCGAGAAAUAUUUACGCACAAAGUUUAUCUUUACGCACGACGAAAUCUGAGGGAACUGUCUCCUCUAACGCGUCGGUUCUGGGCUUAACAAACAUUUAGGUGGCAAAAAUAUUUCCCCGUGGAAGCUCCUGCUGCUAUUGUUGCCUGAAGUGUGUGACUCAGCCGGGACAUCCACAGUCCGAAGAGUCCGCCGGAACCGGAGCGUCUUUUUUGGACACAAAGGAAACAAGUCAUCCAACUCCAAAAACGGACUAUAAGAAGUUGUUAACAUGAAGUUAAACCGAAGUCUGCUCCAAAACGCAUGAGACACUCUCUGCUGUGGAGUUUAGCUCGGACUGGACCAUGCUGAUGCUGCUCGGAGUUGUGCGUAAACGCGGCCGCGCACCGGACACGAAGUGAACUAGUUAUUAUUAAACACCAUCCCUCAUUUCCAUACAGAGCGUGAGUUGGCUGGACUGCAGCCAAUCACCCAUCGAAGGGCAGCUAGAGUCGUAAAAGCAUUAUCCUUCCUCCAUCAUAAUUACACUGACAUGCGCAAUCUGUACACGGGUAUCAGCAGCAGCCGCCGCCGCCGAACACUUAUUUCACCGCUGAAGCUCCCGGUCGCUGCUCGUAGAUGAUUCUGCGGAAAGGCAGCAGGAACGGAUCGACAUGUCCCGCCGCAAGCAAGCCAAGCCGCAGCAGCUCCGGUCCGAGGAAGAGGCGACACGGAGCGGAGUUCUCUGCACGAACGGCAGCUCUGGUGAAGGCCUGGACAGAGAGGAGGCCAGCGAGGAAACUCACAUCUGUGAUAAAUGCUGUGCUCAGUUCUUCUCUUGGACUGAGCUGAGCGAGCAUCACAAAGUCUGCACAGAGGAUCCGAUGGUGCUCAUAGUGAAGGACAGCGAGGCUCCUGAGGAGUCUGUUGGACCUUCUCCGGCUCCCAGCGUGGCGUCUAGCAGCGACUCGUCUGCAGCAGAGUCGACCGACGCCUGCUUCGAUCUGGGAGAGACGCUGGUGAACGACAGUGACAGUGUGGAUAACUUGGAUGAAGAGAGGGACGAUGUCAUGGAGUUGGAGCGCUGCCCGCCGGACGCCGCCUCCAGCCCUCAGCCUCCAGACUCGGCCGCCUCCCCCCAGAUGUCAGCAGCUGGCGGCUACAACAUGCCAAGCACCAACGUGACGCUGGAGAUCCUGCACAGCACCCGGGUGGCCGUGGCCCAGUUCUCCCAGGGGAUCGGCGGCAGCGGUCCAGGAGGGAAGGCGACCUCAGCAGCCAUCCCCGUGAUCCUGGAGCACCUGCUGGCUCUGCAGCAACAACAGGUUCAUCAGCUGCAGCUCAUCGAGCAGAUCUGCAGCCAGGUAGCCGUCAUGAACCGCCAGCCGACCCAGGCGGCGUUAAACCCCGUCUCCAGGUCCCUGCCUCUGCCCCCGAACCCUUUCCCCUCCCAGGGCAUCAUCCCUCCGUCCAUCCUGCCGCUGUCAGGCACCAUGCCCUCCACCAUUAACGGACAGGCUGCUGUUUCUUUGUCCUCUGUGCUUGAAAAGUCACAAAUCCUCCCCUCACAGACUAUAUGUGGACAGUCCACCUCGUUUAGAGAAGCUACAUGUACCUCAGCCUCCUCAGAAAACUCAACCCCGACUCAGUCCAGCAGCAGCAGCAGCAGCAGCAGCAGCAGCAGCAGCAGCAUCAUCUCCACCCUCCUUCCUCCCUACAGCGGCAGCAGCACUCAGAGCUCCUCCACCCCUCUCCCCCUGGCACCCAACAGCCUCCUCAGCUCUUCCUCCAGCCUGCCGUUUCUACCUCAGAGCCCCCCCAGCAGCGUCAUCUUCCCCAAUCCCCUGGCCAGCAUCGCCGCCACAGCUAAUGCACUUGACCCCCUCGCAGCCUUGAUGAAACACAGGAAAGGGAAGCUGCCCAACGUGUCCUUGUUCGAGACUAAGCCCAGCCCCGAGGAGCCCUUCUUCAAGCAUAAAUGCAGAUUCUGUGCCAAAGUGUUUGGCAGCGACAGCGCUCUGCAGAUCCACCUGCGCUCCCAUACAGGAGAGCGGCCCUUCAAGUGCAACAUCUGCGGCAAUCGCUUCUCCACAAAGGGGAACUUAAAGGUGCACUUUCAAAGACACAAAGAGAAGUAUCCUCAUGUGCAGAUGAACCCCUUCCCUGUGCCAGAAUAUCUAGACAAUGUGCCAACAAGUUCUGGGAUUCCCUACGGAAUGUCUGUCCCUCCGGAAAAACCCGUCUCCUCGUGGCUGGAUAGCAAACCUGUUGUAGCAGCUCUGCCAGCCAGUAUGGGUCUUCCGCUUUCCUCCACUAUUACCAGUAUCGGAGGCUCAAAUGACCCUGUAAGUGUCACACCAUCUGUUAAAUCUCUCUAUCAGCCAGCUCCUGGUGAAUGUGUAUCUGUGUCACCUAACCACAGAGGCAGUGAGGCUCAUUUCUCUCCUGUUUCAGAGUCUCCACAGUCUAACCGGGAGACGGAAGUGUCCAAUAUACUGAAAGCUGAAGGGGUUCACCUUCCUCAGAGCUGCAGCCUGAGACUGAGAGCCAAACCCGAGGCCUCCACGCCUGAACCCACCACCUCCCCGCUCUCCAACUCGCCUCCCCUUUCGGAAGAAACGAAAUUCCAGUCAGCUGCAUUCCUGGAUUCUAUGCAAACGUCCGAAACCUCAAAGCUGCAGCAGCUGGUGGAGAACAUCGACAAAAAGAUCACCGACCCCAACCAGUGCGUCCUCUGCCACCGAGUCCUCAGCUGCCAGAGCGCCCUGAAGAUGCACUACCGCAUCCACACCGGCGAGAGGCCCUUCAAGUGCAAAGUGUGCGGCCGGGCAUUCACCACCAAAGGAAACCUGAAGACUCACAUCGGCGUCCACAGAGAAAACCCUCCGGUUCAGGUGCAGCACUCAUGUCCCAUCUGUCAGAAGAAGUUCACCAACGCCGUUGUCCUGCAGCAGCACAUCCGAAUGCACAUGGUUGGACAGAUUUCAGACUCAAACCUGUUGGAGCAGGAGGUCGACUGUGAUGUUUCCUUCGGCGAAAACAACUUUGACAGUUUAAGCAGCAACGGCAACGACCUCACUGAUGACAUUUCGAUGGAGGAUGACAAUGAGGAAGAGGAGGACGAGGUAGAAAACAUGGAGGAAGGUGUGAAUCCAUGUAAACCCUUUAUUUCUGACUAUAACUCUCCUCCUAAAUCUUUAGCCGUCGUUUCCAGUUUAGCAGCUCUGGAGAACCAAAUGAGGAUGAUUGACUCGGUGGUAAGCUUCGGUAUAAAACCUCUGACAAAUGGUUUCAAAGACAGCAGCGACAUCGAAGCUGCUUUAUCGGAGAAAAGAGUGGAGAACUGUGGAGGAAAAAGCCCUCUUGUGUCCGAAUCCUCCUGCUCGCCCUGCGUAUCAUCAUCUCCCUUUCAAAGCGGCUCAGACGGCAUGACGAUCAAAUCACCGGCGGCAGACAGCAGCAGGCCAGAAUCCCAGGAGCCUUUGGCAGUGAAGAAGGAGGAAUCCGAGUCUCCUGCAGCUGCACAGGAGCUGCGAUCGCUGCAGGGCGGCAGGCUGAGCGUGAAAGAGGAGACUCCUUACAGCAUGUCAUUCCAGCUGAACAGAGACAGAGCUGCAGGUCAGAACAUCUCCAGCCUGAUCAGCAACUCAAUCAAAUCGGAGGUGAACGGUCACAGUCAGAUGGAGGCUCAGCAGCCUCCCUUCGGCGUCCACGUUGCUCCCGGUUACCCGUCGGUCGGCAGCCCCGGCGUGACCUCCCUGCUCGGCCCAGCGCCUCCUCGCAGGACGCCAAAGCAGCACAACUGCAACGCCUGCGGGAAGAACUUCUCGUCAGCUAGCGCCCUGCAGAUCCACGAGCGAACGCACACCGGAGAGAAACCGUUCGUCUGCUCCAUCUGCGGCCGGGCGUUCACCACCAAAGGCAACCUGAAGGUCCAUAUGGGGACUCACAUGUGGAACAACGCUCCGGCCCGGAGAGGACGGCGGCUGUCGGUGGACAACCCCAUGGCCCUGCUGGGCGGAGAGGCGGUGAAGUUCGGGGAGAUGUUCCAGAAGGACCUGGCGGCUCGAGCCAUGAACGUGGACCCCGGAUUCUGGAACCGGUACGCCACAGCCAUCACCAACAGCCUGGCCAUGAAGAACAACGAGAUCUCGGUGAUCCAGAACAGAAGCAUCUCUCAGCUGCACCCUCUGACUGCAGGCAUGGACCGAGUGAGCUCCGCCGGAGGCCCGAUGACCAGCCUCACCAAGACCAUGGACCUGGGAAACAACCGGCACUUUUCUAUGCUGAUCGACGACAGCAAAGAAAUUGGAAUCAAUUGAAGAAAAAAAACAACAAAAAAGAAGCUGAAUGUUGCUGAAAUUCUUAUGCAAAUGAUUAAAGUAUUUGUAAAACAUCUUGUUUGUUCUUAUGUAUUAUAUAUAUAGACUUCAUAAAGAACUUUUCAUGGAUGGACAGAGAACAGUAGGAGAUUCACAUUUUGCUAUUUUACUUUGCUGUCAUUUGUGAAUGUUUUUUUCUUUUUUCUAUACACAGAAAAGAAGCUGUUCAACCUGAGAAUUCCUUCGGUGCUGGGAUGUAUGGUUGCUCUGAAGAAGGGAACAUAUUGUUCAAAUCAAUAAUGCAGAGAGUCUUUUCUCUCCUCCAGACAGCUGCCCACUGCUGCUAGCUGGUGCAAAAAAGCACAAAACAUGCUCAUGAGAAGCCAUGACGACCAGUUUAAACGAUCUGUCGUCGAUGUUUUGGUGAGAAACUGUCAUUUUGAAACAACAGUUGGACCGAAUAAAAACCAGAACACAACA